AUGGCAAAAACUGGACGCACGGAAUCAACCCAAACUUCAAUAUAUUCAAUAACCAAUCAUUUAUUCAUAGCUGUUUGUUUGUAUUAUCUAUUCAUUUUACUUAUUGUUAUAAGCUAUCUAAGUAAUUUCGUACUUUUUCUGAUUGCAACUCUGGCCAUUUUCCUGGCGGCUAUUUCUCAUGCCUAUCAAAUUGUUUUGUCAUUUUUGGCUAUCCAGAGAUUUUUCAUUUACUUCUUCCCUUGUCUCGAACAACAUCUAACACCAAAGAAACCAAGAAAACUUUGGACUAAUUCUUUAUUAUUACUCUUGUUUGUAUGGGCUUGUAUUUUGCUCGGUUCAUCAUACUUUUCAAUUGGACCCUAUGCCAUUAAUUGGAAACAUGAAAAAAUCAGUAUGAUAUAUUAUACUGUGUUAAAUGGACUUUUAUUCUUCUCCGCCUCCUUUUAUAUUCCUGUAGUUAUCAGUAUUCGAAGAUUGCAACAUUUAGGAUCAUCAAUCAAGAAUGCACCGCAUAAAUAUAUUUUGUAUCAGACUGUAAUUAUUAUCAGUUUCAAGACUCGAUUUGCUCAAAUGUGCUUAUUCGACCUGCUUUUCACUCCGACGACUAUUCAAAUUUCAUAUUUCUUAUGUAACAAAAAGACUUUAGUCAUGAUGGAUACAACGACAAUCGAACUGCAAACUAAGGAAUUCAUAUUUACGAUAAAAAGUCUUUUCGGCUUCUUCUUGGUUCUUGUUUCUCUGAUCUUUAUAGUGAUUUCUGUUUUGAUAUUUCCUUUGUUUGUGAUGGUACAACGAUCCAAUCGAGAAUGGGAUAAAGAAACUUCCGUCUAUCCAAUCACUAACCAUUUUUUCAAAGCCAUAUGUUGGUUUUAUUUAUUUCUCUUCAUUAUUGGGAUUGAUAUGAUUUUCGAGACCAAUUUUUUUCUGAAUUUUAUGGAAGUUGAAAAUUUACCACCUUCAAAUUAUGUAUUUCAAAAUAUCCAUUUCAGAAAUGACUUUGCCUUUUAUCCAUACUGUUUCUUUUUUCUACUUGUCAUCACUCAUACCCAUCAUUUGAUUCUAUCUUUAUUGGCUUUCCAGAGAUUAUUUCUUUACUUUUUCCCAUCCGCCGAACCAUACAUCACUUCGAAGAGCCAAAAACCUAAAUUCAAAUAUUUAUAUUUGAUAGUGUUCAUAAUUUCCGCAUUAGUGUUUUAUUUUGCCUGGGACAGUUCUUAUUAUCAAGGCUCAAACCUUGAAUACAUCCUACUUGUGGGUUUUCAAUCUUUUUUGAGCAAAAAAAACCAUUUUCAGUAUUCUCAAAUGCAGCAUUUGGCAUCAUCAGUUAAAAAUAAGCCUCAUAUUUAUAUUUUGUACCAGUUUAUAACUAUUUUGAGCUUCAAUUUGGGACAUAUUUUCCCUAUUCUGAUUUAUUAUCCAGAAAUCCAGGAUAUAGUCAUGGAUUUCUUUUUUCUUGAUUUAGUCUCCACUCCAUUGACUAUUCAAAUUUCAUAUUUGUUAUGUAACAGGAGGACUUUAGAUACUCUACGGAAAAAGUUAACGCUGAGCAAUAUUUAUCAAACAAUUUUCAAAAAGUCUACAGUAGAACCGUCUGUGCCAGAAGUAGAUGCUACAACAGUUGCUCCGCCUACAUGA